AGUUAACUGUUCUCACUCUGGUCCUUGAGUACUGGAGGUGGCACCGACUGUGAUCCUUAGGCUACCCGCCCUCUUCCCAAGCCUAGGGUGCGCAAACUCAGAGCAGCCGAAGGCCAGGCCCUGGGAAAUGUGGCCCAAGGCCAAGGCGGACACUGGGCUGUAACUCAGCCCCUCCCCCUGCCUGGGCCGCUGGAAAAAGCUGACUGCAAGAAAAUUGCUGGGGGCAGAAAUGGCUGCCAGCCGCCGAGGUCUCUGCAGGGCUUUGCACUCCUCUCCCCGCCCUGCUUGGAAACGAGCUCAGUCGGGAGCCGGGGCCCGCCUGAAGCCCGAGUACGAUGCCGUGGUGAUAGGAGCAGGACACAACGGGCUGGUGGCUGCAGCAUACCUCCAGAGACUGGGGGUGAACACUACGGUCUUCGAGAGACGCCAUGUGAUUGGGGGUGCAGCUGUCACUGAGGAGAUCAUUCCAGGAUUCAAGUUCUCCCGAGCAUCCUAUCUCCUCAGCCUCCUGAGGCCACAGAUUUACACAGACCUGGAGCUGAAGAAGCAUGGGUUGAGGCUUCACCUCCGAAAUCCCUACUCCUUCACUCCCAUGCUGGAAGAGGGCACACUGAGCAAGGUGCCAAGGUCCCUUCUGCUGGGCACAGACGUGGCUGAAAACCAGAAGCAAAUCUCUCAGUUCUCACAGAAGGAUGCUCAGGCCUUUCCCAGGUACGAGGAGUUCAUGAAACGCUUGGUGCUAGCCAUUGACCCCCUGCUGGAUGCUGCCCCAGUGGACGUAGAAGCCUUCCAGCGUGGCUCCCUGCUACAGAGACUCAAGGCACUGUCCACCCUGAGGCCGCUGCUGAAGGCAGGGCGCACCCUGGGAGCCCAGCUCCCCCAGUACUACCAGGUCCUCACAGCCCCCAUUUCCAAGGUGCUGGACCACUGGUUUGAGUCCGAGCCUCUGAAGGCUACUCUAGCAACAGAUGCUGUGAUUGGAGCCAUGACAAGUCCCCACACUCCGGGGAGUGGGUAUGUGCUGCUGCAUCAUGUAAUGGGCAGCCUGGAGGGAAUGCAGGGCGCCUGGGGCUACGUCCAAGGUGGCAUGGGUGCCCUCUCUGAUGCCAUUGCGAGCUCAGCUACUACGCAUGGAGCAAGUAUCUUCACAGAAAAGACUGUGGCUAAGGUGCAGGUGAACAGUGAAGGCCAUGUUCAAGGAGUCAUACUGCAGGAUGGCCAGGAGGUGAGGAGCAGAGUCGUCUUAUCCUGUGCAUCACCGCAGGUCACCUUCUUGGAGCUGACGCCACAGGAGUGGCUCCCUGGGGCCUUUGUGAAGAGGAUCUCUCAGUUGGACACACAAUCUCCUGUCACCAAGAUCAAUGUGGCUGUGGACAGGCUGCCAAACUUCCGGGCGGCCCCCAAUGUUCCCAGGGAUCAGCUGCAGCCACAUCAUCAGUGUUCCAUUCACCUGAACUGUGAAGACACCCUGAUCCUCCACCAGGCCUUUGAAGAUGCCAAGGGUGGCCUGCCUUCCAAAAAACCUAUGAUUGAGCUCUGCAUCCCUUCAUCGCUGGACCCCACCCUGGCUCCGCCUGGCUGCCAUGUUGUCUCCCUCUUCACUCAAUACACACCCUACACCCUGUCUGGAGGCAAGAUCUGGGAUGAGCAGGAGAAAAACACCUAUGCAGACAAAGUGUUUGACUGCAUCGAGGCCUACGCCCCCGGCUUCAAGAGUUCUGUGCUGGCCAGAGACAUCCUCACCCCACCGGAUCUAGAGAAAAUCUUUGGGCUUCCUGGAGGGAACAUAUUCCAUGGUGCCAUGUCCCUGGACCAGCUCUACUUCGCCCGUCCAGUGCCCCAACACUCUGGCUACAGAUGCCCUAUCCAGGGCCUGUACCUCUGCGGAAGUGGAACCCACCCUGGAGGAGGUGUCAUGGGAGCGGCUGGACGGAAUGCAGCCCACGCAGUCUUCAGGGACCUCAAGAGCAUGUGAUGCUGGACCAGCUCUGACCCUGGGAGACAAGCUUUCCCUGCAUUUUUGAGCCACCUGCAAGAUGCCCUGCUCGGAAGGACACCACUGGAGACAUCUGCAUUACCAAGGUGCCAUUGUUUCUGAAUCGGGGCCCGAGUUACAUUUAGCACAGUUUCAUCUGUGCCCCAGGCCUCUAUGGACCAUCUGGGAGUGUCUUAUUAAAAACAAUGUUUUGUACAGACUGUGUGUAUUGUUUCUCCUGUGUGUCUACAGGCGGGAGGAACUUUGCAUAUGAGCUGGACACCGUCCACUUAAUGAAUGGAAGAGCUUGGCCCUACUGUCCCCUUCUUGACAGCUGAUUGGAGGGCUGGCCUGCCAAGGCCCAGUCAGCUACUGUCAUAUUCCUGUCACUAUGAGAACAGACUCACAGCCCCAGUGACCCACAGCGUCACCCACAUGACGGACCUGAGCAAAGCUUUGCCUCUCAAGCCAUCUGAACCUCUAGUCAGGAAGCAGCAGUUGAGGAUGACUGCAAAGUGGGGUCGUCGUCGGAAGCUGUGUGGGAACCACCUGCCUGAUACCAGAGCGCUCCACCUUCUGCUUGCCAGACGCUAAAUCUGCCAUGUCUGUCACGAAAUAUUUCAACACGGACAGGUGUCAUUCUGCAGUGAGUUGGGCUGUCACUAUCAGUCAGAGGAAAACACACACACACACACACACACACACACACACGAAAGUUCCACUAGUAACACAACUGUGCCGGCAGCCUCUCCACGUUGGGUUAAAGGCCACCAUCCCAAGCUGCCCACUCUGAAGGUCAGAGAAAAGGUUACUGGGAUCUCACACCUCACACCCAACCACUCCUGCACAGACAAUCAUGGCUACCAUUUUACAACAUUUAGUCUUUCACACAAUCAGGAUAUAUUAUAAUAUUCUCUGUGUGAUUUACAUCUGUCUACCUUUGAAUUUACUUUAUAUCAAAAACUA